AAGAAUGAUAAUCACAGCUUAUUACACUUCAAUGUUACACUCCAUUGGACCCCAUGCGCUGUAUAAAAACAAUAACUAUCGCAAUCUGAUAAAUAAUCUACAGGGGAUAGUGAACAACAGGCUGAAACUGGCACUUGGGCUAAAUAAAUACACAUCAAGUUGGAUCCCAAUAAUAGCGUAUCGAAUAAAAAAUCCGGUCGUUGUUUGGCUCCAAUCUCUACUAGAAUCAAUCAACCGCACAGCGAAAGAUAGAAAGUCAUGGCCAAUAUGUAAUGAAUUUCCGGAUAGAAUUACCUUCAACAAUCCUGAUGCAAUGAGUGUUGAAAACUUUUGGAACAGAAAAUGUGAUCAUUCGCCUCUGGUUAACGUAUAUUGUAAUAUUGGAAAAAACAAAUUCUCUUUAGAUGAUGAAUUGACGGUCUACGAAGUUGAAUCAAGUGAAAUCAAAACUUUUCUGUUAGCUUUGUUUAUUCUUAUAAACAAACAUCAAGAAUCGAGAGUAAAUUAUACAUUACCAGAAAAUAUCCUUCGAUACAGAUCAUCCAAAACCACAUACAUCAUAAUAAAGAUGCUUGAGAGACACAAAGUUCUUUAUACAUGGAACGCAAGAAGACUCAACAGAACAACACCAGAGAAUCCAGUUAGAACAAUUAAAAUCAACAAUAUGAUAAAUGAUGAAAAGGAUGUUAAAGAAAAAACAAUCAAGAAAAUCGAGCAAAUGGUAUUAACAAAUCGAAGACCUUCCAUUUACACACAUUUAUUCCCGACCUUCAUGGAAAAAUUUUACAAUAGCUUACAUGGUUACAAUCUAUCCAAAAUAAUCAAGAUCAUCUCAUCAAUCAACAAUCUUUCAAAUCAGAUAAAUGUCAGGAAAAAAAAGGUAAGAAACUACACCCACUAUCUGAAUGAAUGCUCAAGCACAAGGUCACAUUGGAGAGAGGACUGGAACUUAACGAAUAAAUUUGAAAUUAAAGAUAAAUUAUGUAAACUAGAAAAGAUAAACGAUAUAUUGAUUGUAAAAACUGAGCGUCUAGCUCGGUAGUACCGCCAGUGGUGGGAAAAUGUAUAAAGCAUUUGUCCUCGGGGGAGGAUUGAAAAUAAAGUGAAAUUUAAUCCGAUCAAUGAAACGAGGAACCUAAAUUAAGAUUGCUAUCUUAAUUUGCGAAAAAUGGUUAUUGUGAUUAGUUGAACUACGAAUUGACGAACUUUAUUUACUCCCUGAAAUUAAUUUCCAUCUCAACGACUGAUUAAUUUUGUUGUCAAUUCAUUUUUCCAUCUGAAAGAUUAAAGUCUCUCAAUGUCCUUUCUUGUUUUCAUCAAUCAGAUGAUUUAACAAUGUGUCUUAAUUUGAUGAUAUUUCUGAUGACAAUUUAACUUUGACCAGAGGCCAAAUAGUUAACAGAGAGACUAAUCCAUACAAAUAUAAGUAAAUCUACGAGGUGAUGCUUGUUUUGUGAUAGAAUCAACAAUUAUAACUGAUUGAUCAGUUGAUUAUCUCUCAUCAAAAUAACAGAUCAUUUGUUUUUUUUUCGGUGCUUAUGUUGACGAUUUACCUACAACUAUUUACUUCGUGUUGAUUGUGGUUUCUUAUAUCAUGUUCCAAGGCUGUUUUUUAUUAACGGCGAUUUUAAUUCUCAUCUUAUUAUGUUGUUAUUCAGUUGAUGGUGAAAUUUCACCGAGUGGAUCAACGAGAACCUUUAGUAAAAUUUUUAAUCUGAUUGGGAUUGUGGCUCCUGUAUCAGAAUCAAAGGCUGGCCCAGUUAGUGAAACUCAGACACAAUCGGAACAAUUAACCACGUUAAGACCAUUAAAUGGUAAUUUUAACAAUCAAGAGAUGAUUGAAUCAUUACAAAAUAGAUUGCAAGUCAAUGAAGGCUGGACAAUACCUCGUCUUGGAUGGGAUUAUGAUAAUAUGUGAAAUCCAUGGGUCAUCAUUUUAAUCUUGACUAGAAAUUAAUUUCUCACUGAUUAAGACUUGACGAAGUAAAAAAAUUCUGUCAGAAAUUAAUAUUAUCUACAAUAUUUAGCUAAUCGAUGACCAACUAAUCAAUCAUAACCAUCUAGAACUCAGCUGAUUUGUGAUAAAUGUUACAACAACGGAAAAGUUUUAGGAAUCGUUUCAACUGUAACCAUAUCCUGAUGAAGGCGAUUUGAUCGGUGAACUAUUGGCUGGCCAAAUGAAUGGUUUCCAAGAUUUACAAUCAAAGUAUCGAUCACUUUUCCUUAAUGGUCUGUACGAUUUUU